UUUGAGAGAAGAACCAAAAAAGAAAAAACAAGAAUUUUUUUUUUUUUUGGCAAAAAUGUCUAAGGCAGUGGCACUAUUGGUUGUGUUAUUAAUUUUGGUAGUAUUUUCUGGGGAAUGCUAUGGGGAACUUAGAGUUGGAUUCUACAAAGGAAAAUGUGGGCUGACAGAUGUUGAAGGUGUUGUCCGAAAUGUUGUAAAAACAUGGUUUUUUACAAAGAAGGAAAAGUCUAUUGCAGCUGCUCUUCUUCGUUUGCAGUUUCACGAUUGCUUUGUUAAUGGUUGUGAUGCAUCAAUUCUAUUGGAUGGAGAUAAUAGUGAGAAAAAAGCACUCCCAAAUAAAAGUGUUAGGGGUUAUGAACUUAUUGAUGCAAUUAAAGAUGAUUUAGAGGCAGAAUGCGAAGGCUUGGUCUCUUGUGCUGAUAUUAUUGCUAUGGCAACUAGAGAUGCUAUUCUCUUG